AUGUCCAGUCUCUCCGGCAUCCGAGUCGUUGAACUCGCCGGUCUCGCACCAGGGCCAUUUGCGGGACUCAUGCUCUCCGACUACGGCGCCAGCGUCCUCCGCAUCGACCGGGUGACACCGCCGGCAACACCGAGUCCUGACGUCCUUGUCCGUGGUAAAUCAUCCAUCAAACUGGACCUGAAAUCCGCGGCCGGACGACGGGUAUUGCUCCGACUGCUCCGCGACGGCGGCGUGGACGUCCUGAUCGACCCUUUCCGACCAGGCGUGCUGGAGAAACUGGGGUUGGAUCCAUACAAUGUCCUGCUAAAGACGAACCCGCGGCUCAUCGUGGCCCGGUUGACCGGGUUUCGCAGGGACGGCAAGUACGCAACUAUGGCGGGCCACGAUAUCAACUACCUGGCCGUAUCCGGGGUGCUCGCGAUGCUAGGUCCCACGGAUACCAACAGUCACAACGACGAAGACGACGACGACGCUGCGCCUGAAGCCUCCAGGGGAACCCGGCGACGACCGCUUCCUCCCAGUCCGCCGGGGAACCUGCUGGCAGACUUUGCUGGCGGCGGCCACAUGUGUGUGACGGGCAUCCUGAUGGCGUUGAUCCACCGCAGCCGCACAGGCAAGGGUCAAAUCGUCGAAGCGAAUAUGGUCGACGGCGUCUCGUACCUGGCGACGGCGCCGCGGCUGUCGCAGAAGAUCCCGGGCCAGUGGGACCGACCGCGUGGGGAGAAUCUCGUCGACGGCGGUUGUCCCUACUACAACGUCUACGAAUGCAAGGAACCGGGAACAUACAUGUCGGUGGCGGCGCUAGAGCCUCAGUUCUUCGCUGCCUUAUGUCGGGGUCUCCAGUUACGGCUGAACGAAGACGGCGAGUCCAGCGAGUGGGGUGGGAGACGGGAGGACCGCCAGACGUGGCCGCGACUGAAGGCGGUACUGAGGGAGAGAUUCCGAAGUAAGACGCGCAAGGAGUGGGAAGAUAUCUUUGACGGGACUGAUGCGUGUUGUCUCCCGGUGUUGUCGCACCAGGAGCUGGAGGCGUCGGGAUACCAACAGCGGGCAGCGGUCGCUUUGUCUUACAGUCCCCCGAGAGAGCCCGCGGGUGGUGGCUGGGAGAUCAGAACUCUGGCGCCAGGCGAAGGGGGGGAGACUUUGCUCCGCGACUGGGCAGGCUGGAGACAGGGUCGAGAUUAUGAGAUCGAACACGGCGGCGGCGUCGUCCUUCGCAGCACGGCGAAUCUGUGA